UCAUCACCUCCACUUCCAAGUAUAUCACAUUACCACACAGUUACAUAACUCAAAGCAAAGCCCAUAAUCACAAACAUAGUUCUCUUUCAAACAUCUUCUUUUCAGGUUUAUAAUUUUUCUGCAAAUAAGAAAAAGAUGUUACCAGAAGCAUGCAUAGCCAACAUCAUUUCCUUUACAUCUCCGGCAGACAUAUUCUCAUCCUCGGCAAUAUCUUUGGUUUUCCGGUUAGCCGGAGACUCUGAUUUCGUAUGGGAAAAGUUUUUGCCCUCAGACUACAAAAGUCUCAUCUCUCGAUCUACUGAUCAUCAACGGAGUUUUUCAUCCAAAAAGGAGAUUUAUAGAUGUUUAUGUGACUCUCUUCUCAUCGAUAAUGCUCGAAAGCUCUUCAAGAUCAAUAAAUUGUCUGGAAAAUUUUUUUAUAUUUUAUCUGCAAGAGAUAUUUCUAUACAAUCGAACGACCAAGCAUCCUACUGGUCCUGGAGCAAAGUUUCAGAUUCUAGAUUUUUGGAAUCUGCUGAACUUAUAACGACGGAUCGUUUAGAAGUCAAUGGUAGAAUUCAAACCGGAGUUUUAUCACCAAACACAAGAUAUGGAGCAUAUCUCAUAGUGAAAGUGUCUAAACACGCUUACGGACUAGACCUAGUUCCAGCAGAGGUUUGUAUGAAGUCUAGUAAUGGUCGAACUGUUAAAAAUAAAGUUUAUCUAUGUUGCUUGGAUGAGAAGAAACAACAAAUGAAGCGGCUGCUUUAUGGAAACCGUGAAGAGCGUAUGGCGAUGACUGUGGGGAUGGUUGGUGCGGAUCACGAGAAAAGGAGGGAGCCCAAAGGUAGAGACGAUGGAUGGAUGGAGAUAGAGCUAGGAGAGUUUGAGACACGAGAAGGAGAGGAUGAUGAGGUCAAUAUGAGUCUCACAGAGGUGAAAGGAUAUCAACUUAAAGGUGGCAUUGUGAUUGAUGGUAUUGAAGUGAGGCCUAAAUCUCUGAAUUAGGAUCGUGAUUCAGUAGCGGAACUUAAUCAUGUACGAGAGACAAAUAAAAAAUAAAAGGAAGUAGAGAGUCUGUUGAGAAA